GCGCUGGAUUCAAGUUUAAGGUCACAGGCAUGUCAUCGUUUUGGCCUUGGUCUUCCUGUUAUUUCCCUCCCUUAGGGGUUACGAUGUUAGCUAGUUCCGACGGAACAAUGCGAGUUUAUAAUAGCCAGACUGGUUUCCUUGAUAAAGAGACAAAUUUAGUCACUAGCUCGGUUGAUAAUUGUUCACGUAUAUCCCUUGGUUAUUUUCCUUCAAAUGAACGUUUAGUAAUUACGAGAGCAACUGAAAUUAACGCGAGGACACACUCAAAUGGAUCUGUCCUGCUUCAUGGCUUUCUUGAUAAACGCAUUCAAAAUAAAACUGAAAAGAUCAGUCUUGAAUUUUACUCAAAUCAAGGCUCUGUUAUAGAACUAUUUCUUUCCACUGUUGAAAGUUUAUACACUGAUCAUGGAAUUUUGGUUAUAAACACUCAUAACUGUCCUAAUCCUAAGUGGAAAACGUUCACCAUUUAUGGUAGUUAUGAAAUUUUGUAUAGUUUAUUCGAUAAGCUACAGCACAGUAAUGCGAAAAAAAGCGUGCUUCUGACUACCCCACUGUUGAAGUCAAUUCUGCAUCGAUUAACACGAGCUGUAAUGGAUAGUGACAGUAUUUUGAUUUUUACGGCUAUGCGAGAACCGUUCACUAUGCAAAGUGAAGCCCAUAGACGCCUUACAUUUACUCACUGGCCUCAUAUGGACUAUCAAUGGGCAACGCCUUCCACUUUGUCUGAAGCUGGAUUUUACUUCCCAUUUAAGUUCCCACUUGACAUUGUAUUUUGUCUUGAAUGUUUAGUUAGAUUGUCAUCUUGGGAACCAACUGAUGAGCCAUGGAGUGAACAUAUCAGACACUCACCUCAAUGCAGCUUUGUGUCAUCUCCAAAUUCGAAAAGCAUACCUAGUACAUUUUCAUGGUCAACAGAAACAGCACAAACUCAUUCAAUAUCUGAUGAUCCUAUCAUGGUGCUUACAGCUUCUACAUCAAAAGAUUUUGUCGCAACUUCAACAGUCGAUGGUGGAAUUACUGUUUGGGAUCUGUCGUACUUCAACAGACGUUCAUUAGAAUUCAAUCUUGUGGAUGUAUUGAAUGCUUCGAUAGUUACUACUACUACCAGUGAAAUGAUUACUAAAUCUCAACUACAAGUACAUAGUGGAUGUCUACUAGUUUCUAAUUCUUCUACUAUGAAAUUUAUCAAUCUUCCACAACUUCCUAAAAUACAUCAUUUAAUUCUUGGUUGUUGUUUACCAUAUUCAGUAUAUAAUAAAUUACACUCUUGUAUGCAUAACAUGUCAACAACUAAUACAUUUGAGGAUGUUAAAAAUAAAAAUUUAAAAAAAUACCAACUAUGCCUUAUGAUUAUUGAAUUAACGCCAUUAAACAGUGAACAAGUUAUGUGGAUAGCUGAUUCUACUUUCUCUUCAACAACAACACCAUUAACACCGUUUUCUCCUAAAUCGAUAUUUCCUAAUCAAUUCAAUAUACAUUCAAUACCGAUAGAUCUUGUCAAGUUUCUUCCAUCAAUUGGUUAUGAUCAUAAUAAUAAUGAUGACGAUACAAUAGAAUAUGAAGACUUAGGAGAUAUUGAUGAUAAUGAUGAUGAUCAGAACGAGACUGAUAAUGAUGAUUAUGAAGAUGACUUUGAUGAGGAAAGUUCUGACAAGUUAAGUAGCGUACAUAUAAAUAAUAUCAUAACUGACUCAGCACCAAAAUAUAAUAUUUCAACAUCAUCAGUUAAUUCAAAGCUUAUCGAGAAUGAUUUUUAUACGUAUAUUGGUUUGUCUAGCGUUGUUGAAGAGUUUGUAAAUUUAAAAGCUACGACGGACUGUUAUCACACAUCUUCAAGCAAUAAAUUACAACUAAAGGAAUUAUCUGCUUCAAGUUCAUCCAAUUUGUCGUCAUCAAUAAAACACAUUGAAAAUAAACGAUCUAAUAUGAAUGAAACAACCAGUUCAUUUCUAUGCUCUGGCUAUUCUGAAAAUAAAAAUGGUAAGAGUGGAUGUGUUGAGAACUUACCGAAACUUGUUGGUCUCAUACCUUUGUCAGUUACUGCUAAUAGUACCAAUAAUGACAUUGAAAAUUCUAAUUUUCGUAUUUUACAAAUAUCACCACUAUCAUUGCAAACAAUAUCCUUCAAUAAUGGUAAUUCCACUUAUUCUCAAGGUAUACUUGUUUGUUGUGGCUUGUCAAGAUCAUUAUCUCAUGUAGAGCUUCAUCAUAAAACAACUACUGAUAAUCAAUCGAUUGAGGAUGGUGAUUUAUUUUUAUUCGGAUAUAAUGAAAAUGAUUGUAUCCUACCUAAUUCAGUUGGUUAUCACUUAGUUAUUGAUGAAACUCCACUUUUACACAUUAAACUGCCUGAUCCCUAUUGUCCUGUUCAAAUGGAUGUGGUAUCCAGCACUAAUGAUCUACAUGUUUGUUCUUUAAACACUUUAUACCCUUCAGUUAAAUUACAAUAUGAAUGUGGACAAUCAUGUGUAGCUGUCAACAAUACUACUUCUACUACUACUACCACUAAUAAUAAUUUAAAGUUUACCAUAGACUCAUCUUUAAUUACUACAGGAACAUAUGACUUAUCAUUUUCUUGUUUUAUAUUAACAGUAUACAAUUCAUUGUUACAAAUAAAUGUUUAUAAAAAUCUAUUAUGUUAUGCUCAAAUAAUCAUAUCUAAUCCAAUCUUAUCAGUUAAUGAAGAUAACAAUAAUAAUGAAAUAAAUAACAACAAUACAUAUUAUAAUAUACAAUUUGAUACAUUCACAUAUUGUACUGGUUUAGAAAAUAUAUGUUUAGGCACUGUAAAUGGUGAAAUGUACAUUUAUGAAUUACAUAAUCAUGAAUUAUUUAAAUAUGAUAUGAAUAAACAAAAACGUAUUCAUUUAUAUAAUUCAAUAUUACCAAUUCAUAAACAAUAUAAUGAAUCUACUGAUGAGAAUAUUGAAUUAUUCUUUCCUAUUCAUAAUCAUAAUAGUAGUCAUAGUAAUAAUAGUUAUUCAUUAAGUAAUCUAUAUGCUUAUUAUAAUUGUCCAUUAAAACAAUGUUUUAUUUUAUAUCAACUUAUUAAAACUAUUUCAAUAGAUUCAUUAAUACAAGUUAAUUUUCCAGAUCAAAUUGGUUGGUAUGAAGUGGAACUUUUUCCAUUAUUAUCUUCUUCUUCUACAAUAAAACCUACUAAUGAUAAUAAUACAAUUCAAAUACUUUCUAAAUUAGUUACACGUUAUAUACAAUUAGAAAAAGAAUCAUUUAAGAAAUUAACAUUAACUAAUGAGAAUAUUUCAGUAAUAUUAAAAUGUGCUACAUUAGCUGUUCAACUUAGUUUAUCAUCUAAUAUAUCUACUCAUUUAUGGGAAUUUAAUACUAAAAAUUGGUAUGAUUAUCAUAAUUUAAUUAAACAAAAUAUUGAUAAAUCAAAUAUGAAUUUAAUGAAUAAAAAUAUUAUUCAUAAUAAUUAUCUAAUAUUAAAUUCUCAAAAUAUAUUAUCUGAAUAUCUAUUAGAGAUUAGUUUACCACGAAUAUAUUUAAUUUCACAUUUUAUAUUUCAUUCAACAUUAAAACAAUAUGAUAAAGUGCAAAAUCAAUCCGAUGUAUAUAUAACUCUUCUAAGAAAAAAUAUUUCAUCUAAUAAUCCUGUCAGUUUUAUUCAUAAUCCUUCAAAAACCUCAACAAAUGCCGACUGUAAUGAAUUUCAUCAUGUAUCAUCAGUUCUUGACCAUAGUUUGGUGGUACACGAUUUAAACGCCCCAUUUAUCGAUGAUGAAUACGACUGUUCACAUUCGUCAGAAGACAAAACACAAACUUCAGAUGACAAUAUCGACUUCAAUAAUGCAUUACUAUCAAAUUAUUUAAAAAUUCCUGGACGUGUGUAUCAUAUGCCUACUGAAAGCAUCAUCUCAUCAGAACGUCUUCGUGAAUUAAAUGCAAAUAUAAUUGCUGGUCCAUAUUUAUUAAGUGAUUUUCUUAGUAUGAAUGAUCGUUGUAGUAAUAUUCCAAUGACCAGUUCAGAAUUAAUUAAAUCACGUUCACGUUUAUUUUCUGUGCAUAUCAAAAUAGUUGAUGCCAAAACUGAAACUUCUUCAAAUCUUGAUUGUCAAUCGGCUACCACAGUUGAAAUUCAACAACCACCUUUAUUACUAUCUGAUAUAUUUGCACAAAUUGGUCUAAGUGUUCAUCAGUUUAACACCACCUGUUAUUGUUAUGACCAUCCUGCUCCCCCUAAUGAUUAUGUUAAUGAAACACCAUCGUCAUCAUCGUUAUCAACUGAUCAGCUUACAAUUGUGAAUGAUGUUGAUAAUGAUGGUAAUGGACACACAUCAUUAAAGUCGUGUAAAAUGCAUACAAUUUUACAUGAAAGGGCUCAACGUUUAGCUAUUCUACGCUCUAUGAAACUUCAUGAAGAUUGUUUUAAUUUUCUUAGCUCAACUGAUGGUACUUGUAAACAUAAUAGUAAUAAUAAUCAUAAUAAAUGGAGAGACUUUCUUACUCAAAACUCCUACCAUCAUAAUAACAAUUUUUCGUCAAUUAUUCUAGAUAUUUUGAAUUGGGUUGUGUUGAUGUAUCUUCAUGAGUUAGAAUUAUCAUGCGAUAUCGUAGCGAAUUUAUUAAAUUUGGCUGCAAAUAAUUAUGAGAUGUUAAUUGAAAAUGUAAUUGUACACGGUGAUCGUGAAUGUGUUCAACUUGGAACAAAAUUAUUGUUUAGUUUACUCAAAUUAGAAUUUGUCUUCCUAAAGUAUUGCUCUUCAAAUAAUUCAUCAUAUAAGAAGCCAAUGGUUUUCCAUGCAUUACGCAAUUGUCUGGCUGCCGAUAGUAAAACUACUACUGAUAAUAAUAAUAGUAGUAAUAGUAAAUUCAUUCGUUGGUUAUUAAUUUGUCAAACAUCAGCUGGAUGUGAAACACUAUUCAGUUUAUUGGAUUUUAUCAUUUCUUAUUCUUUUGAUGAAUAUCGUAACAAUUUAAAUGAUUUAAAGGUAAAAUUGUUAUUACAAAAUAAUCUAAUGACUUUACUCAAUACAGUUUCAUUGUUUCAUGAGGAUUUCAAUCGUCUACACCCUUCAUAUCGUUUACCUACAUGUCUUGGUCCACCUAUGCUAUUCAAUCUACCAAUAUGUAAUUGGACUUUCUUAGGUUCUGAAUGCUUACAAUCAAUUAAUAACAAUAAUAACAAUAAUAAAUAUCAGAAAUCAUCUCAUUCAACAAUUCCAAGUACUAGUAAUAAUACUAAUACUAAUUCUAAUCAUAAUAUGAAUUUAAAUUAUGAAAAUAUUAAAAAUUGUUAUUCUAUUAAUAAAGAUGUAAUGAAUUUUAAUGGUAUAUUUACACCGAAAAAUUAUAUAACAUUUAUAUCUGAUUCAAAAUUCAAUGAUACUAUUGAUUUAGCGCAAAAUACAAAAUUAAUAGAAACAUCAAAUCAUUUACAAAACAAUGAUAACAUUAAUAAUAAUAAUAAUAAUAAUAAUAAUAAUAAUAAUAAUAAUAAUAAUAAUAAGGAUUCAUUAUGUCUACUCUCAUCUAAUUAUUCAUCUGAUGUAUCAUAUAUUAAUUUCUCUGAUAUUUUCACAUUAAUGCGAAGUAAUUACAUUAUGAAUAUUGAUAAAUCAAAUAAUAUACAUCAUAUUAUAUUAUCAGAUUUACAAGAUUGGCCAUUCAAUGGUAUAUUAGAUGUGGAACCAUUAAAAUUUCCUUUAGAUAAAUUAUCAAUUCAAUUAAAUGAUGAUUGUGAUAUUGAACGUGUGGAUUUUUUUACUGGUGAACAAUUACCAAUAAAUGAUAAUAAUUCUUGUGUAAUAAAAUUCAAUGAAUCACAAGUUGAAACUAAUAAUGAAAAUCAUCAGUUAACAUCUAUUAUAUCUCAUCUCAUUAAUUCCAUUGAAGCUUAUCAUUUAGUAAUAUCUCGUAUGCAUCCAGGUGCACAUCGUUCAGUUACAUUUAGUACUUAUUCAUCAUCAAUAAAUUAUUUAACUGAUCUAAUUAUUCCAAUGAAUCCUUGUUUACAAUGUAUUACAUUAGAAGCUAUAUUCAUAGAUAAAUCAUUCAAGAAACCAAAAAGUUCUACAAAAUUAAUAGCUGUAUCUACUGAUAUAAGUCAUUCUGCUUUAAUAUUACGUGAUAUUUAUCCACCAAUUAAAUUUACUCAUUUACGUAUUUCUAUAGUUGGUCGAUUAGAUUGUCCAUUCACUAAAGCACGUAUUCAUUUAGGUGCAUAUUUUGGACAAAAUGGUAUAUGGGAACAAUUUAUACAUCCUUUAAUGAAAACAAAUUCUAAUAGUAUUGAUUUAAUACAAUAUUUAGAAAGUAUUGUAUUAGAUAAAACAAUGAAAUAUAUUUCAAUUCAACAAUGUUUAAUGAAUACAUUAGACCAAUUUGAUAAGAAUAAAAAAAUAUCCAGUAUAUCAUUAGAUAGUGAUAAUAUUCAAAUAUCAUCACUAUAUAAACAAUGCUAUAAUUUACAAUAUCAAUUGAAUUGGAUAGAUCGUACAUUGAAUCGUUUAAGAAAAAUAUAUCAUCCUGAAAAAUUGCGUGAAUAUAAAAGUCGAAUUCAUCAAAUGUCUAAUGAACAGAUAAGAAUGAAUUUGUAUCCAGAUAAAGUGAAGUAUAUUUUGGAACAUUGUUUACUGUGUUUGUUAAGUCAUGCAAAUGAAAUCUGGUCAGUGAUAGAACCCCUUUCAUUAUUAUCCCCAUCAACAGGAGUUUCACUAUUAGACGAUGAUGAUUACACCUUUUUAAAUUAUGUUGAUAAGUGUUGUACAACAUUUUUAAAUGAUAUGCUUAUUCAUGGUAGUCGUUCAAUGCAAAUUCUUACCGUUGGAUUAAUGCCAGUAUUUAUGAAAAUCAAUUCAAUUAUUUUACCAAUUCAUCAUACUGAACAUAAUUAUCUUUAUAAAUUCAUUAAUGAAUUUUCUACAUUGAAAUAUAAUUUACAAAUUACAUGUAUUAAUGAAUCUAGACAACAAUUAUUAUUUUGGGCUAUAUUACAACGUUUAAUCCAUUUUGGAAUGUCUAAUUAUUUAUUUGAUUGUUCUGUAUACAUUCUUCAUGAUCUAUGGAAUUCCAUAGAUAAGGAUUCAUUGAAUAUGGAAUUAUUUCAUAAUAUUUUAAUCAUUAUUGAUACAAUAAUAGAAAAUAAUUAUUCAUCUCUUCUUACUGUUCAUAAAUCAUUACAUAAUUUUUUAACAAUAUUUAAUAUGCAUCAAUUAUCCUAUAAUGGUCAUAUAAAUAUAAAUGGUUUAUUAAAAUGGCAUUAUUUUCAUCAAUUAUAUAAUAAUGAUAGAUGUAAUACUAUAUAUCCUUAUUGUCAAACAAUAAAUACUAAAAUAACUGAUGGUAUUUAUAAAUAUAAUUUAUUAUCACAAUAUCAAUUAUGUAUUAUUUCAUUUUAUCGAUGGUAUUUAGAACAUUUAACUAAUCUAUCAACUCAAUAUGCAGCUAAUCGUGAUUAUCAUCGCCAAAUUAUUCAGAAAGAUUUAUUCCCAUUGGGAGCAUUGUUUGUUCGACGAAAUAUUGAUUCACAGACAUCAGUAUUAAUGCGACGUUGUAUCCCAGAAGGUAUUCAACAAACCAAUACCUAUCCUAGCAAAUCUUUUAUUCCUCUGGAAACCUAUCAAAUUCCUCAACAACGAUUUCUCUGUAUAUUUGGUGAUGAUGAGUCUUCCACCGAAAAUUCUUUAAUCCAACUAUUACAGAUUUUAACCGAUGUUACAUUAAAAUUUUUAAAUAAUCUAUUAAAUUUAUCAUCUGUGGAUAAUGGCUCUACAAUGUCAAGAGAGUCAAUUUUAUUUCAGAAUUGCUUUGUUGUCUGUCGUCUACUUGGUCGUAUCUGUUGGCAUCUUUCAGGUGAUCGAAUUCGUCAAUAUUUCAUUCCUGAUGGAAAUAUUUACGAAUCUGCACUUUUUAAAUUCCUAACUAACUUUUGUCAACGUCUUGGUGAUCAAUCGUCUCUUUUGAAUGAUAUGAUUAUUGAAUGUUUAUGCCUUACUCUUAAUAGCGAAUGCAUUCCUGAUUGUCCACAGACCAUAAAAACAGAUAACUAUGGAAAUAUUGAAAGUAUUGAUCUUCAUAAAUCUCAAAAUAAAUCAUGGCCUUAUCCAAACAAUUCUGUGAUAAAUUAUCAUCUACAACAAACUACAGAUUUAUUAUGGCACUUAUUACCUAGCCAGUUAUUGAACAGAGCACAGUCUAUUUUACUGAAUCCGUUUGAUCAACAUCACAUUGAUCAUAAUCAUGCACAAAGAAACAGACUUAAUUCAUGUAUAGCAACAUCAUCAAACAACAAUGGUCAUUUUGUAUUAUGUGAAAUAUUUUCUGAGUGUAUCAAUCUCAUGUUGAAAGAUGCUAAAUCUAUUGGUCAACUGAAUAAUAAUAAGCAACAAUCGGUUCAUGACAAUUUGUCUGGUCAACAUCUAUAUCUUACAGAUGUUUUGUACCUAUUCUGUGGAAUUGUUGGUGAACCAAAUUUCAAACCCUGGAAACUUACUUCAAAGGAUGAAACUUUUAAAAAAUGCCAAUGUUGUGUAAAGGCUAAUCUUCAGAUAAAUAUUCAGUUGGAAAGUUUACAAAAUGUCUUAAAAUUAUUGGAAAACUUUGUUCAAUCAAUGAAAAAGACACAAACAACUGAUCAACAUUACCUAUCUUCAAAAUCUGUUGAAUGUUUACGUAAUUUUUAUACAUUAUCUAUUCAUUUUUUGGCAAUAUCAGCUGAAUCAUCAGAUCUACGAUUGUACAUAUUAGAAUCUUCAAGUUUUUCAAUAUUUCUAAACACUAUACUUACAGAUUAUUCACUAAGAAAUGGUAUUAAUCGUUCAUGUACAUUAGCUUUAGAAGUACUAUUCACAUGGUUUGCAUAUUCAUCAGUGAAACUAAUAAAUUCUAAUUGUCAUCCAUUUGAUAAAUUUUGUCUCGAUCAAUUAAUUGGUUUGUUUCCAAAGGCAAAUACUUCAACUCAAAUUAUUGAAGGUCCAUGUGAUUUACAAGCCGUUCUUUUAACAGCUAUAUGUUCACGUAUUAAAUCAUUCAAUCAAGCAAACACUGUUGACAAUGAUAAUAAUGAUUCUGAUUCACUCCAACAUGAAAUUCAAACAACCAUCACCACAUGUUCCAUGCAUACAAUAUCAAAUUUACCAAUGGAUUAUCUACUUCAACUUGUACAAAUUUUAUUAAAUUAUCUAUGUGGUCAACUUGUUGAGUUGAAUCAACAUUCAUCAAUGAAUAAUAAUAAUAAUAAUAAUAAUAAUAAUAAUAAUAAUAAUAAUAAUAAUAAUAAUAGGGCUUAUUUGUUAUGUUUUUCAUGUUAUACUACUGUUGUCGAUGAAGAAUAUGAAUCAUGUCAUAAAAAUUUCACCUUAUGGUCCACACUAACUAGUAAUCAUAUAAGACGAAAAUUAAUUAGUGAUCCUUCUAAAAAUAUUGAACAAAAUUCGAAUGAUCAAUCUUCGACUAAUACUACUACUACUACACCAUUAUCAAAUUGUUCCUCAUUAUUUAUUCGACAAUUAACCUGUUGUUAUUUAUAUGGUUUAUGCUCUACAAGUGGAAUGUAUUCACAAAUUCUAUCUAAUAAAACAUACAAUGAUAAAUGUUUAGCAUUGAUUCUUGGAAAUCUUUGUAGAAUUUUAACAGAAACUUUCAAUAAUCUACAUGAUAAAUAUAAAAUAAAAGUAUUUUUUAUCAAAAAUAUUAAAUUAUUUUUAUCUUCAUUAAAUUUUGCUCAUAUCAGUUCACCUAUGAGUACAAUGAUUACAUUAUCUUGUAUGAUUAAUGGUUGGAAAACAUUGAAACAUUUUACUCAGUUAAUUAUUAAUCAUUUUAAACCAGUUAGUAUAUGUGAUUGGUUAUUUUAUUGUGUAAUUAUUGUUAUGCAAUCAUUGGAUUCUAUGGAUUCUUCGUCGUCGUCGUCGUCAUCAUCAUCAUCAAUGGUAAUGUCAAAAUCUAUAGUUACAUUCAAAACAUACUUGUUACAAUCGCUUAUAUCUUCAAUUCCUUUAAAUUCAUGCCCAUUAUUUCUAUUAUUAUCUUUAUGUAUUGAAUCUAAUUUAAAAUUACACAAUAAUAAUGAUAAUGAUCAUGCAAAUAUUAUUUUCAAUACUUUUAUAAAUGAUACUAAUAAUCAAAAAUCUAUUAGAUCAUCUUCAUCUUCCAUUAUUUCUACAUUAUCUUCUUUUGAUAAUACAAAAUUAUAUACAAUCAAUGCAAAUGAAUUAGGUCAAGCUUUAUUACAACAAUCAUUACAUUAUAAUAUUCCAUAUUAUCAACAAUCAUCUAUAUAUAAUUUUCAAUAUUUAACUAAUUCAUUACCAAUUAGUUUAUUUGGUCCAAUUCAUUUAUUUAAACAAUCUUCAUUAGAAUUUCAUCAAAAUAUUACCAAUUUCAAUUAUCCUUAUCAACAACGUUUACAACAAAAACAAUCAACUAAUACUAGUUGUCAAUGUAUAAAUUUACUUCAAUUUAAUCAACAUAAACCUAUGAAAAUGAAUUCUUCUUCUCAAAAUCAUACAAUUAAUGAUAACAAUGAAGAAAUGUAUUAUACUUCAAUGACAAAUUAUUAUAAAUCAUUCAUUGAUUUUGCGCCUAUAUCUUUUAUUUAUUCUGAUAUAUUAGAUGAACAAAUGACAUCAUUAUGUCAAACAUUGUCUAUUAUGAAUAAUCAUAAUGAUAAUUGUGAAAAUAUUAUAUUUCCAUUAUAUUUAGGUUUUUCAUCAUAUUCAUUUGCACCGAAAAUAAUGUCUACAUCAAAUUUUCUAAAUGAUGUAAACGAUUGUAAUACUACUACUAAUACUACUACUACUACUACUACUACUAAUAAUAAUAAUAAUAAUAAUAAUAAUGACUAUUCAUCAAAUGAAAUUCCGGAAAAUUUCAAUUUGUCAGAUUUUAUUAAAACUAACUUUGUUUUUCAUAAUAAUAAAGAAUCAUUACAGAUUAUUGUAAGAUUUCCAUUUUUAGUACAAUUAGAAUGUGUACAGUUGUCAGUGAUGAAUCCAUUUCAAUCAGCCAGUCAUGUAACUAUUGAGGUGGAACUAUAUCGCGAUUUACCUGGUGGUUCUCGACGAACAUUUAUCAGUGCACAUAAAAGUAACGAGUCAUCAUUGUCAAAACUUCAUACGAUCACUUUUCCACCACGGUUGGUAUCACAUGUUUUAAUAAGACUGUAUCAUGCUCAGAAUUACAAUAAAACUCUUCGUGUGAACACUUUACGCUUAUUAGGAAGACAAGCAAAUGAUAAUAGGCUGUUGUUCACAGAAACUUGUCAAAAUAGCUGCACAAAUGCAAAUAAUUUAGCUGUUGAGAAUUCGUUAAAUAAAAUCAGACCAAUUGUUUUACUACAUCUGUUACAUAAUGAAAUGCUUUCACAAUUAUUACCAAAUAUAUUCUAUUCAUAUCAAUUUAUCAAUUCAUUAUUACACUGUUUACAUACUGUUAGUUCAGAUAAAAUAUUAUCAAUGUGUACACGUCAAUUAAUACAAAUGGUUGCCUGUCAUAAUCAAAUUUUUGAAAUGAUCAGUCAUAUAUACAAUUUUACCAGUGAUUGUUCAUCUGAUAAUGAAAAUACGAUAUUACAAAAUGAAUGGUUUUAUUCACCUAUCGGUUAUAUUAAUGAAGCUGAUAUGUUUUGGAAAUUAUGUCCUUCAUCAGCUGUAUUGUGUGAACGUAUUUUACUUGGAUUAUUGGUUAAUACAGAUAAUGGUAGUAGAAAUAGUCUUGCUAAUUAUAUAUUAACCAAAUUACUAAAUGAUAAUAACGACGAUGACUUAACAAUAAACUGUGAAGAUAUAUCAUUCACAAGUGUGUCGAAAUCAAAUCAGGUUAUAGAUAACGAAUUCAAUUCAUCUUAUUGGUAUGGUCCAUUAGCUUCAUUAACAUCUACACCAAAUCAACGUUUAUUUGCAUGGUUAUGUUUACAUCAAGAUGCUGGACAAUCUACACGUAUUGAACGAAUCAUUAAUUGGUUAAGUCACUUCAAUGAAUCUAUGAUAAAACAAGAUAUUCUUUCUCAUAAUCGUCAAUUAUUGAAUCAUUGGUCUCAAUUAAUAUUGAUUUUUUCAAGUGUUUUAUGGAGUUUAAGUGGUGUUACUACCACUACUACUACUACUACAGCAAUAGAAAUGAAUCAAUGUUCAAAUUUAUGGCAAAAAUAUGUGACAAUUGAUUUUAUUAGUUCUAUUUAUGAUUUAUACAUUUCAAUUAUAAAACAUUAUCAAAUUGAUCUAUCUAUGAAUGAUAUUGAUGAUGAUGAUGAUGAUGAUGAUGAUAAGGAUAAGGAUAAUCCUAAGAACUUAAUCAUUGAAAUUAAGCAAUUUACUAAAGUACUAAUCAAUUUAUUGUGUUCUUUAUGUACAAUUCAACCAAAUGUCAUUUCUAUACUUUUAUCAAAACUUUUCAUAAUUCCUAUAACAAAUUCAUUAUUUAAUCAAUAUGAUAAAUUAUUAUUAAAUAGUCAAUUGAAAGUAUUCAGUUCAAUUUUAUCAUCAGAUCAUAUUGUUUAUUAUAUUUUCUCAAUGAAUAAAUCAAUCAAUUCAACCGAUUCAUUUCUAUCAGAAAAUUUCUUUUAUCAUUGUUGUAUAUGGUUAUCAAAUUAUUUCUCAAUCAUCAGAAAUCAUACUGAAUCUUCUUCUGAAUCUUCUUCCAUUAGAUCAAUUCUUACUAUUGAUUCAAUUCUUAGAUAUUUAUAUAUUUUAAAUUAUUUUAUGCAAUCAAAUCAAUCUACAAUAUUACGAAUUAUUCUUGGACAAUUAAUUUGUGAACAUUUAUUUCCAAAUGUAUUUUCUUAUUUUACUAUGAUAUUAUCAUCAUUAAAUAAUUUGUAUAAUAAUCAUUUCGGUUUAAAUAUUUAUGAGAUUCAUCAACUUCAACAAUCUAUUAUUACUUUGUAUCAAACAGUUAAAUUAUCAAUGCCAUUUUCAAAAUCAUUUAAACAAUUUAAUUCAUGUCAAUUGAAUUUAGAAAGUUCAAAGUUCAAAAUGAAUUGUUUAACUGAUUGUUUAAUUGAAACAUUUAAAGAAUCAUUUAUGAAACAGAAUUUCAAACUAUCCAACUUUAUAUCUGAACUAUUAUUGGCACAACCUUUAUCAUUAACACCUGUACCAUUUAAACAAACAAUUGCAGUAUUCGCAGUCACUUCAAAUCAUCCACACGCAUCGACUGAUUUGCCAUGGCCUAUAACUGGUCCACCAGUUGAAUUUAAUAUUCAGUCAUCUGAACUACCUAAGUCUGGAUUAGUUACAUUUUUAUGCCGAGAAAUCCAUCAGUCUGUUUCAAAUAAUAACUUAGACUAUUCCAUUCAUCCUAGUCUUUCAACAGCUUUAUUAUUGAUCAAUAUUCAUCAUCCACCAGAAUACACUGGGACUAAUCAUUAUGAAUUUGAAAGAAGAAUUUUAGUGAAACAUUUAAGAUUAAUAAUUUAUCAUUUAUUGCAUCCGUUCACAAUGAAUCGCACUAGUAGUACUACUAAUAAUAGUAGUAUCAAUAGAAAUGUAUCAAGUUCAACUGAAAUAAAUACAAUGAAUGAUUUUGAAUUAUGUCUUAUUCAGCAUACACCAAACAUUGGUCAUAUCAUAUCACCUAUUGAUUGGGAUAAUGGUAUAUUUUUGCCAGAAGGUUAUACAGAUAAUUGGACUAUGGAACAAUUGAAUAAAUUCACUGAUGAUCAUCCACUUGUGAUUAAUCAAUCUCGUCUACUUUGUUUAUUAAUUCGACCAUGUGAACAUGCUAAAUUUGUAUUUCAUCCACCAAAAGCAGUAACUGAACCAUCAUCAUCAUUAAUAAAAGAAUUUCAAGAGACUAAUUCCACACCUUCUUGUUAUCAUUUAUUAAAAACAUUUCAAUCAUCAUUUAUAUGUGAAUUUUUAAAAUCUGGUCUAUUACAUUUUAUAGCAAAUUCUAUUGUUCAUUGGCGUAUUCCAUGUUUAUUAAAUAAUGUACAACAAAAAAGAGAAAAUUCUAUUUUAUCAUCAUUAGAAACUACUACUACCACUACUACUACUGCUACUACUACUACUAAUACCACCACUACUACUACUAAUAAUAAUAAUAACAAUAAUAAUAAUUGGAAUCAUUCUAUAAGACAAUUUCAUUCUUAUAUUACUUUCUAUUUUAAUAAAUUCUCAAUAAAUAUUCCCAAUAAAUUCUAUAAUUAUAAAUUAGAUCACUUAAUAAUUAAUAAUUAUCAAUCUAUUCCAAUAAAUAAUAAUCUUGAUAAUAUUGAAACAAUGAACAUGAUUUUACCAAUACAUUGUAUCAUUACUUAUAUAUUAUUAUUAAGAAUAACUAAUUAUGAUUAUAAUUUAUUAAAUUUAAUUCAAUCAUCAAUGAAAAUUAUGGAAUUAAUAAUUAAAUAUCAAUUAAAUUUAGUUUAUCUACCAAGUUAUUUAAUUCAAUUAGCUAAUAAAUAUUCUAAUUUAUCAUUAUGGACAGAUGAUAAUCAAAAUUUUCAUAUAAAUAAUUAUCCUACUUAUAAUUUACAAAGUAGUAAUUUAAUUCAUUCAAAUAUUUUACCAUUCCAAUGUUUAUGUUAUUUAUACGAUAAUAACAAUAAUGAUAAUAAUAAUAAUGGUAAUGGUCAUCAAUCUCUAUGGGAACUACGUUGGAUACAUUUAAAUUCUGGUGUAUUACAGCUUAUCUUAAGUUUCAUGUAUGUUUUAUCUCAUGGUUCAUGUGUAAAUUUACCGCAAAGUUUUGAUGUGAAUGAAGUGAAAUCAUUUAUUCAUUCAAUUCAGUUAGAUUGUAAUAAUAAUGAUAAUAAUAAUAAUAUUGAUGAAGAUGAUUCAUUAUCGCUAACUAUUCAAUCAAUCAAUGAACUUUAUAUACAUUUUAUUAAACCAGCUUGUAUAGAUUUUGAACGUGAAUUAUUCCCUUCAAUCACAGUAUCUAAUCAAGAUAAUAAUAAAAAGUGUAAACAAAACACAAAUUAUCAAUCAUUUCAAACUAAUGUCAAUUCAAUACCUUCAUCAUCAUCUGGAUUAAUAUCAGAUAAAAUAAAUUCUAAUUUAUGGGCAAAAGGUACAGGUUUUGCUACAACUCCUACAAUAAAUGAAACAUCAAUUAUAAAUGAUCAUUCAAAUCAUAAUCAUAAUUUUCAAUCUAAAUGGAUCCGAUCAAAAAUUCAACGUGAAGAUCAAUAUGCAAUUAUAUUAUGUAAUACAUUAAGUGGAUUUUUUUCUACAUUUAUGCAAAAUUUAAUUAAUACAGAUCAAUUAUUCGAAUUAAUUAUUAUUUAUUUUAUUUAUAAAUUUAAUUUAAUUAAUUUUAUCAUUAAUUAUUUACGUAAUGAUUCUAUCACAGAAAUAAUUAAUCAUCAUUUAUUAUAUCAAUCAAUAUUUCAAUUAAUUCGUAUUAUGAUUCUAUGUCCUCGAUUACAUUGGUUAUUAACAAUGAUACAAAAUGAUUUAAACAAUAAUAAUCUUGUUCAUUAUAAUAAUAAUUUAUAUGAAUGUUUCAUUUUACAAUCAUUUCAUUCAUUUCAAACCUAUUGGCAAAAUAUUAAUUUGAAUGAUAACAACGAUGAUGACGAUGGUAACGAUGAUAGUUUAGUGGAGAAUUUAAAUUCAUCAUGUAUUAUUGUCUUAGUGAAACAUAUACUAUUCUACUUGUCAAAAUAUAAGGAACAGUUAAACAAAUUGGGAUUGAUAAUUGAGUCUUCUGAAUCGGAGCAGUCGUCAAAACAAAUUACCUCCAAGUCCAACAUUGAAUUACACCCAACUAGUCCUAAUAAUACACAUAUUAGUAGUGGUGGUCUUAUUCGCCGUUCAUCAAUACGAUAUCGUAAUUUUCAUAAACAGCACAUUAAUGAAAAUUUACUAAAAAAUAUACAUUUUAAAAGUCAAAACGUGUGUAAAUCAUCCCAAACAUUCAACACUACUGAUAUUAUUAAUUCUCAUUGUUCAACUUCUAAAACCUAUGGUUUAUUACAACUGAAAUCUGGUUUCUAUGAUCGGUUUGAUGUUAAUGACAGUAAUACUAAUCAAAUGAGUAGUGAAGACAAAGAUAAACAUUAUACGUUAAUAGAAAGUAAUGUUGAGAUCAACUGUGGUGAUGACAAUGAUAAUCUUAACACUGCUUCUGAAAAUGUUCAUGAUAUUCAUUCUGAGGUAGAAAGAGAACAGGACGAAAACGGAAAUGUUCAUUGUGAGGUUAUUAAAGAUUUAACCGAAAAUGCUAAUCAUUCUCAAUCGAUUAGUAAAGAGAAUAAUCUUGUAAAUGGUGAAUUUCAUAGUCAUUUUCAAAAUGAUAAUGCUGAAAGUACUAACCAUGAAUUCAACAGUGAUAGCAGUUCAACAUAUGUAAAUCAAGAGAUUUUAAUCAUUUUUAAUGAACUAGAAACCACAUAUAAACUGCUUAAAUUAAUUUUGAAAUAUCAACAAUCCUCUGUAAAUAAAUCCUUGAUAAUGAUGAAUAAAUAUCAUCAUAAUGAGGAAGAUCAAUUUUCUAAUGAUGAUUACAAAACUACUUUACAUGAAAUACGGUCAGCUGAAUAUGGUAACAGCAGUGAUAGGAAUAGUACACUACAGAAUCAAACUUCAUCAAUUAAUUCAAAAAUGCUUUCAACCAAUAAUGCUUAUUGUACAGCUUUAAAAUCUAUACAUUUUCGUACGAUCAAAUUUUUUUCACCUUCCGUGAAUAAUACUGUUUCUUCAAUAGUCCCACAUGGAUAUGCGAAUUUAUGUGCCCAACAUGAAGGUUUCAUCUUAAUUAAUAGUUUUAAUACAAAAAAAUUAUUCAUUUAUUCCGCGUCCACCUCUACCUCUGGACCAAAUCCUGAUCAACCUCAUAAACUGUCAACGGUUACUUCUACCACUACUAGUUCUCAAUUGAAAAUAACUCCAAAAAAUCGAUCAUUUCAUCGGUUACAACGUCUCGCUCAAGAAAUUGUAACAUUGAAUACUAGUUUACCAUUGUCCGAAAAUGCUAGUGUGUUUAUUUGUUGUGAAGAAAAUCAUUUGUGUUUAUUAAAGGCACUAAUUACUGGACCUCCUGAUACUCCAUAUGCAAAUGGAUGCUUCGAAUUUGACAUAUACACACCGCCAGAUUAUCCAAAUCAACCGCCUUUAGUUGAAUUUUGUACAACAGCGAAAAAUACAUUCCGUUUUAAUCCAAACCUGUAUGAAGAUGGCAAAGUAUGCUUGUCAGUGCUGAAUACAUGGCAUGGAUCAAGUGAAGAACGAUGGAAUCCUCAAACAUCAAGUUUAUUACAAGUAUUAGUAUCAAUUCAGUCGUUAAUUUUUGUACGUGAACCGUAUUUUAAUGAACCGGGUUUCGAGUGUACCAUGGGAACACCUAAAGGCAUAAUUGUCAGUUAUAAAUAUAAUGCUCGUAUUCGUGUUGCAACUGUUCGUUGGGCUAUGAUUAAUCAAUUAAAGCAUUUACCAAUUGGUUUUGAAGAGGUAGUUUUAAAACAUUUUCUAAAUCGACGUUCAUUUAUUAUUUCCCAAGUUGAACAAUGGAUAUUUGAAAUGCGUAAUCAUGCACAAUUUAAGAGCGUAGAAAUCUAUGUCAAAGAGCUUGAAGAUUCUUUAUCCAUCUUGAAAACGGAACUUAAUCGUCUAGAAGAACGUCUUGCUGAUUGGAAUGAAAAACAUAGUCAAAUGUAAUUUAUCUCAAUGAAAAGGUAAUACGAGAGUAUUUAUAUGUAUAAAUUAUAUAUAUAUAUAUAUAUAUAUAUAUAUAUUUGAAAUACAAUAAUGAUGAUUACUAACUUGUUUAUUAUUUCUUACUUUCCAAUCUUUAUUGUACACAUUGAUUCUUGUAAAUUAGCUUACACUUUUUCUUUUCUUUUAAUGUAUGUAAAUCAUGCACACAAAGAUGAGUAACUAUAAGCAAACAAUUAUCUUUCAAUGUUUAACAUUAUUAUUAUUGAUGGUAGUAGUAGUAGUAGUACUAGUAGUAUGAAGAUAUCUAUUUUCUAAACGGCUUUUUUUAAAAAAAAACUUUGAUUCAUUUAUUAAUUUUGCCUAAUAUUCAAUCCUGUUGGUGAAAUGUAUAUCUAGUGUGAUGUUUUGUCUUUUAAUUUUGUGCAUCUUUAAUUUCUUCACAAGUUAUUUAUAUUCUCAUUUGAUUAUUUUAUGAAAAUGAGAAAUUUACUGUUUAUGUAGGUAUGUUUACAAUUGUAUAACAGUUAUGUAUUUGGUUUUACUGUUAUACUUUAUUUUCUUGAAAGGAUUCUACGAUCAGUAGUUGAGAUAAAUUAAAUGUUUUUUUCACUGG